GCAGCACAGAAAUACCACAGGAGGUUGGGAUGGAGGCAGGGCGCUCGCGGAACGUGCCACCAGAAUCAGAUGUCCGCGAGGUUAAUGUGCAGUUCGACGACCUCACGAGAACAGUGCGUUUGAUGGACGAGCUUGCCACCAAAAGUUUAUUCUGCAGAAAAACGGCAAAGACCAUUGAAAUAUAAUUUUGGAAUCACACACAUUUUGCCGUCUCAUAUUGGACCUACAAUAGCUGGGUGUCUUGGAAGCCUCACAGUGAAAUCCUCUCCACAUUGGCUGGGGGAUGGACCAGAAGAGAAGGAUGUCUCACAAUAGAGCACCUUUUCAACCUGGCUCUCCCAUGAAUAGUCUGGAUCCAAAUAGCAGUUCCGUGGUCAAAGCCGAAGAGAACAGGAGAGAAAUCAUAAGAAGAUCCUAAAGACGAGUGGUAGUGGCUUCACCUCUUCUGCCAGGCUGCAUAAUGUCCGAGCAGUGACAGCAGAACUGGGAAAAUUAACUCCUGAGAGGAAUUAGUUCCCUCGCACUUUACGCACGUAUUGACCUCUAAGAUCUAUUUUAUUUUCAAAUGAAAUCUCCUCAUCCUGCUUGAUCUGGUUUUUUGUUAGCAGUACAGGGCCGCCCGUAACCUCAGGGAGACCAGAUCAAUAUCAUCAUUAAUAGAGGGAGCUGAAUCUUGCAUAUCUAGCAAGUCAUUUCCUCAGUCUGAUCCUGGACAGUCGUUAGCUUGCUGGGUAAAUACUCAGAGGCUUGGAAUACUGUACAUUUCUUCCACAUCUAUAAUAGAUGUGUAUAUCCCCAGGACAUUAUUGUGACCAUUACAUCACUGCUGUCUAUGUUCCCCGGUGUCUCUAAACUUGACUGAGGUGGACACACACAGCGGCCACUGAGUGUGCAGUUCUGUCAGUAGGUGUGUGUGUGUGUGUGUGUGUGUGUGUGUGUGUGUGUGUGUGUUAGGUUAGCAGGCCUUGAGUGUACACGUUGUGGUUGAGCAGGCCAGCAGAAUCUGGGACAGAACUGUGAGAGCAAAGAGUAGUCCCGCACUGUGAGGUAGAGAGGAAUCAGACUUCACACUGUGAGGUAGAGAGGAAUCAGACUUCACUAGGACCUGGAGGACUUCACUGUGGAGGUUCAGCAAGGUCAUCCACAGUGUUUACAUCAAACGUCUGUCAGCUUCCAAGUACUGUAUCAGCAAAGCACCUUUAACACACACAAACACAUAUAUACAUGCAUACAUACAUAUACACACACACACACACACACACAUAGACUGAAAUCUUCUGUCAUGUCUGAACAAAGUGUAUGAGGUGUGUGUGAGUUAGUUGCCUGUUUGUGAGGCUUGAGCCCUACAGCAGGCUGCCUCUCCUCUCAUCUCCUCUCAUCACGUGGACCUCCUCCUCAGUAGGGUAGCUAAUUUUACGCCAAGGCAGCAGUACCCUCAUCCCUGGGAACUGUUGACACACUUAACUGAUGUUUCAUCCGGCGAGGCACAUGAAUCCCUCUUUAAAGACUGACAAUGUUUUCUGGAGAACGGGAGAAGGGUUUCCCUGAGAGAGAGGACUCUGUUAGGAAGGCAGGUCCUUAAGAGACAGAGAGAGAGAAAGAGAGAGAGAGAGAAAGAAAGAGAGACAGAGAGAGAGAGAGAGAGGACACUCACAACCCAACAUGCCUGCAGGUCUGUGAAAGGAUGCCGCUGGUCUUUCUGGGACGUGGUCAGCCUGCGUCGUGCAAGUGAGUUUGUCAGAAUGGACCUCUCCAGCAACACUCAGACACUUUAAACUCGUGAUGACAGAGUGAGUAUUUGCAGUGGGAACACAGCCCCACUAUUAAAGCACAAAUAAGUAAGUUUUUCACUUUUGACAUUUUGGACAAUUCGUCUUCAUAACAGGAUAUUUAUUUGUAUUAUGCAAACGUGUGUCUAAGACAUGGAUCUGAUUUUUAAUGAAAGUUUUUUCCUGAAGCAAUAUUCUUCAGCUCUUUACCUGUGAUUGUCUUUGUCAUCUAUCUUUUGGGUUGUCAUACAAACAGCAAGAGGAGCUUUUUGGAUCUUGGACAGAGAGAUAAGUUGCACAGGCAUGCUGUCGUCUGAACUGUUGCAUGAUUAAGAACUGUUCCUCCCUCUCCUCGUUCCGUGUCGAUAUUCAGGCAGUCACGUCCUGUACUGUGUAAAGCUCUACUUUCCUGGGGCUGACGCCCAUUGUGAUUGCCUUCCUUUGUGCUUAUAGCUGAAAGCUCAAGCCUGAUCCCUUACCCUAUCUCUUCUUUGCCUCUGUCUGGUUGUAGCUUCAGUUUAGCCUUUUAGUACCUUUUAUUUUUCCCACCACCACCUUACACACACACACACACACACACACACACACACACACACACACACACACACACACACACACACACUGACAUUCACUUUACUCCCAUACAUCAUAAAUCCCAUCCAUCAGAGAGGAGCUCAGACAGUAGGACGUGCCUGUGGAGAGUUUGCUUCCCGUUGCCCAGAGACACAAUGGAGGCUGAGUUGGAGCCCCCUCUCUGGGUCCUGUAGGGCUGUGGUGUGUGUGCCAGUGCUUCCCUUCCAAUCCAGAGGACAACGCAGGCAAACGCAGAUCACAGCGGAGUAGUGGUGGUGACCACACACCACGAGAGACAGGACGAGCCUUUUUUUCUCUUCCCCACCUGUCAAACUUGGAGUACCUGUGAGUUUCGUUUGUUUGAUAAAUCUACAACUUGUGUUCAGUUGGAGAGUGUUACGAGGCCAGAGGAGUAGACUGAGGAAUACAGCUGACGCACACACACACACACACACACACACACACACACACACACACAUACACACACACACACACACACACACACACACACACACACACACACACACACACACACAAACACACACACACACACACAGAGAGAGUCUUGCCCUCCCUCGCUUUCCUAGCCCACCCUGUUGAGUCCAGACAGGACAGAUUGGGGCUGACCCAGACAGGGGCGGCUGAUUCUGCCAGGUACCUGACCUGAACAACCUGGCCGUGGCCCUGACCGAGUCCCAGAUUGCACGUCGUCGGCAGCGGUGGUACCAGAGGAUUUUGGAUUUGUGAGUGAUCCCGCUGUGCAGCUUUGGCCGGGACUCUGAUUAAAAAACACUGGUUCUGAAGAUGCUCGGCCUGAGACUCAGACAGCGGCCAGAUAAAGACUCUGGGCUGUGACAGCUUUCUGGGGAUAUUUCUCAAAUAAACAACACACCGAGUUUUUUUCUUCUUACAAUGACUGGGAUGACUGGGUGAUUUCUGGGAUUCAUUUAUCAGGAUUUAACUGAUUGGUUGGAUGACCUCUUUUUUUUCAAGAAUUUUCCUCAGGAAGGGAAGCAGACUUUUUCUCUUAUUUUGUGUUACACGUCCUCUACAGGCACAGAUCCGUCUUUACUUUAGUAUUGGAACAUAUAAGAAACACUCAUAAAAUUCACACACACACACACACACACACACACACACACACACACACAGACAUGGGGGCUGCCCGUGUGAAGAGGCGCUUUAGCGCGGUGGUGGACAGCUCUGUGGACGAGGAGGAGAUCAUGAAGCUGGCCCAGAGUGUGGCGGCGAUGGAAAAACGGCGGGGCUGGGGAGCUUCGGGGGUUAUCGUCCCCCUCUCAAGCGCCCCCCACCAAGCAGCGGCAAGGCACUCAUGUUGCACGGCAACGAAGGAGAAGGAGGAGGAGGAGGAGAGCCGGACGGCAGCUGCCAAGGGAGGGAGGAAGAGGACGCGCCAGGGCCCCGCCAACAGCUUUGUGGGCAGGGCAGGCGCCAACGUCACCGCCGUCAACAUGGGGCGGGGCCAGCUUACCUGGCCGGACCUGUUCACCACCUGUGUGGACGUCCGCUGGCGCUGGAUGCUCGUCAUCUUCACCCUCUCCUUCCUCCUCUCCUGGCUGCUCUUUGGCUUUGCCUUCUGGCUCAUCGCCUCCGCACACGGAGACCUGGCGCCGGCCUCCUCCUCUUCCUCCUCCUUCUCCUCCUCCUCCUCCUCUUCCUCCCACUCUCCUCCGGGCUCCUCGGUGCUGGGCUCGGGCAUCGACUUCGGCCCCGGCGGCUCCGGAGAGGUGGAUUCUGGGCCGGAGGAGCAGCCGGAGGUUGAGCCGUGCUUCCAGCAGGUCAACAGCUUCAUGGCGGCCUUCCUGUUGUCCCUGGAGACGCAAACGUCCAUCGGUUACGGCUUCCGGAGCGUCACCGAGGCCUGCCCCCUGGCGGUGAUGGCGGUCGUGCUGCAGUGCAUAGUGGGCUGCAUCAUCGACGCCUUCAUCAUUGGGGCGGUCAUGGCUAAGAUCGCCAAGCCCAAGAAGCGCAACGAGACGCUGAUCUUCUCCACCUCGGCCGUGGUAGCGCUGAGGGACGGCAAGCUCUGCAUGAUGUGGAGGGUGGGCAACCUGCGCCGGAGCCACCUGGUAGAGGCGCACGUCCGCGCACAUAUGCUCAAGCCGCGAGUGACCCCGGAGGGCGAGUACCUCCCCCUGGAGAACUUGGACAUCAACGUAGGUUUCGACAAUGGUACCGACCGCAUCUUCCUGGUGUCGCCGGUCACCAUCGUCCACGAGAUCGACGAGGAGAGCCCUUUCUUCGAGAUGGACCGCCAGACGCUGGAGAACGACUCCGACUUGGAGGUGGUGGUCAUCCUGGAGGGCAUGGUGGAGGCCACCGCCAUGACGACCCAGUGCCGCUCCUCCUACCUGGCCUCCGAGAUCCUCUGGGGUCACCGCUUUGAACCUGUGCUCUACGAGAGGAAGAACUGCUACCAGGUGGACUACGCCUACUUCCACCGCACGUACGAGAUCCCCAGCACGCCGUCCUGCAGUGCUAAGGACCUGGCGGAGAGACAGCACAUCAUGGACUUCAAGGCUUGCCUUUCUAAGCAUGAGAACGGCGGUUUCAGAAGUUUCCUCCGCCCCUCCCCUCGAAAGCGUGCCCGCCACCGGCCGCCACACCUCACCACGAGACGUGUUUCACGGGCCACCCCUGAACACCCGCACGCUCAGUGA